AUGUCCGUCUACUCCCGUCAUUGUGGGGAUAUGCCAGAAACCAACGUUGCACAAGCAUACCAAGCGCAGCUCCCGCGCAGCUGGAAUGCUUCGUGGAAUGCAAAACACUAUAUUGGAAUGAACUUCAUACCAACGCUACGCGAUACACAUGAUGAACGGGUGAGCUUCUACGGGUCGAUCUUGGCCGCUGUCAAGGUAUUGCCAAAGGAGAGCCUUCCGUUCACAAGUGUGCUGAGCCACUGGGGCACCAUUUUGAUAUUUCAAAAUCGUACCAAGAAAGUUGAAGAAAAAAUUAUUCUGACUGGGAUCAUUGGACUACUGGUUAGCGCCGGCCAGGCGAGAACAAUGUGCAUGCCGGCUAGACACGAGAAGUCAAAGAACAAUAACUCACAAGCGCUCAGAGAUAGUCUCGAUGUCGGCUCCUCAGCCACAAUCAGGUUGCCGUUCACAAUUCAAGAACGGCCAACCGACGACAUCCCGCCACUAGACAGUCCUACAUUUCCCUGGCAGGUUUUGGCUAUGCCACUCAAUACCCACAAUGUCUCGACUCAUGAUCUCAUUUCCUUGAACUUCCUUCGCGCAAGUUAUGGGUCAUCAACCCGAGACGGCCACUACCGGACAUGUCGCACAGGCUCGAGACCGGUCCACCUCUUCGGCUCGCUCGAGGGUCUUCGCGUGACUGGUCUUCUUGAAAGCACCGAGCUUGACCAGGAUAUCAUCUCGCCUUAUUUGAUUCCUGCAGGAUAUGAAGCUGAAUUCCUCCAACAACGCAUGAAAAUCCGAGGACACGGCAUUCUAGCUGAUAAUCUCGCGGCAAGUGUUUCCCUUGUCUCGUACUGGCUGCAGAAGUGUAUUUUAAACCAUCCAGAAUGUCGAUACGACCAACUACCAAACUCUGUGUCCAGCAAACCACGUCGGAUGAUCGACUUAAUCAACUACCGUCCCUCUCUUGAAGGUUCCCGUGUGAGGGUAGUUGAGAGCGAAUGGCUUGAUGAACCAUACUGUGCGCUUUCUUACAGAUGGCCGUCGGCCGUGGCUAGUCUGGCGAUUCUCACUCCCCAGAGCAAGGAAAUGCUCUACGCCGGGAUUCAUCCAAUCUUUUUGCAUUACAUCACCCGAGAUGCGUGUACACUAUGUCACAAGCUUGGUUUCCGCUAUCUUUGGGUUGACGCCUUGUGUAUCAUGCAGGGCGAUGGGGGAGACUGGCACGUGGAGGCUCAGAAAAUUUCGUCGAUCUAUCUGAACGCGACGUGUACCAUCGCAUCUAUCGAUGGUACGAGCCUCCAGACGGCCUCGGGGCUCGCGUUACGGCCGAAUCUCUACGACGAGAACAUGCUCCAAGCUCUAAUACCGACCUCUGACAUAUGUUCCCCGGAAGAAGUAUACAUGGCACUAGAGAAGUCCGGUAACUUCGCCUGGAGGCCGAAUGGAGAGCUGGACACAAGAUGCUGGACCUUUCAGGAAAAGAUGCUCUCCAGGAGGAUCAUUAGCAUCACCAAGGAUGGGGUAUUCUGGGACUGCCUCCAUCACUCAGCCUCUGGCUUCCGACCUACGGGUAUUCUCGGGGACUUCUCACCCAACUUCCGAGACACCGAUGAUCGGAAAUUCAAAACCGUGCUUCUGGGUCGGCCGUCAGCCACGGUGGGCACAUUAUCAGACGCUGAGCUCUACUGGUACUGGAGAAAGGCCGUACAGGACUAUACAACACGCAACAUAACAUGGGGCCGGGAUAGGUUCAUCGCACUUCAGGGGAUAAUUGCCAAGUUCAGGGUGGCACUCGACGACGAUUGCAUUCUGUGUAUAUGGAGACGCAAUGCGGCCCGCUGCCUCGCCUGGUUUGUGGACAGUAAGCCAGCCUCCAAGAAGCAAUCACGCACCCAGCACCACAGUAAUGGGACCGUAGUGAGUGCGCCUUCUUGGUCCUGGAUAUCUGUGAGCCAUCCUAUUCAGUACAGGCUAUACCAUCCCUUCGAUAUGGAGAUUGAAGAAAAGACCGAGCGCGUGUCGGAUCUGAUUUCUGUCCAGGAUUUGUCGAUGUGGAACCCAAACAAAUAUAGAUUCGACGUCUUCGCUGGGCAGCUUCGUCUCCGAGGCGCAGCCCUGAAGGGAUUGUUGCUUCGGAACCGGGUUUACAUCCAGAACCGCACAUCCUCAGCCCCAAAACUGUCUGAGCUCUCUGAGGAUGGAAAGACAAAACUCACCAGUGUAUAUUGGUCUGAGAUCCUGAAGCGCUACGGGUCAUCGAGGACGCUCGACAAAUACUUCUUCGACACCCAAUUUCUCGCCGACAACGUGGAGUUCCCUGAUCCGGACGCUCCCACCGGUGCGAGAUCAAAUUUUCUCGACAACGAGCUCAAAUACGAUGACCAGGGAGCAUCGUCUAAUGGACAAACCCCCUCUAGGAGACAAUCUGAACCGCCGCCGCUUGAGGUCACCUGUUUAUUGCUAUUAGAGGGCGGUUAUGUCAACAUGCUGUCCGCACGGUAUUUUCUUGUGCUGUCUCCCCUUGGACUCGGUCAACGCACCGACAUUGACAUAGAGGAAUAUUUUGAGAGCUUUGAUCAUCAGCCAGAUUCUCCCAAAAGCUUCAGACGCAUAGGCAUCUGCGCAUUCGAUCGCAUUCGAUCUACGGCUUGUGGGAAUGGCGCAGGUGUUCUUAGCGAGUCCCUGGUCAGGCGGUCAGCGUAUCAAGACAGCCCCUACCCUGGCCAGGCAGACGCCAAGGCCGAUGACAUCCUAUCAAUUGAACACUUGACAGAGUUAAGGAAUUGCACAACGUUCAGGCAUAAGCCACCGCACUGCGCCCUUGUCCCCUUUAUUUCGCGGCGGCAAGGAGGUAGUGGUCAUGGUGUGGGAUUGGGCAGCAUCAUGGCCAAACCGGAAGCCCAAAGUUUGUUCAGCAGCAACAGUGAACCCUCUGAACGGACGUACACAACAUCAACAGGGCCGCCGGAAAAACCGCAAUACGUUCAGGAAACCCCACACAAAGCUGCUUCUGAAUCCCAUGCAUACGAGAUAUUGGCUGGUGACGCGAGCAGCCCAGGUCCCAGACACUCGCAACCACGACGGCCACCUAGUCUCUGGAGCCAAUGGUGGGUGGAGAUUCUGAACUGUAUCCUCAUGAUAGGAACACUCUGUGCCAUCAUCGGUAUUCUCUACCCUAACCAGACCAAGCCAUUACCAGACUGGCCGUUCGACGUAUCGAUCAACACGGCCGUCUCCAUCUUGAGCACCGGCCUGAAGACUUGCGCCGUCCUGAUCCUGACUGAAGGCAUCAGCCACCUGAAAUGGAGAUGGUUCCAGAAGACCAGGCCUCUGCACGACCUCGUCGUGUUCGACAGUGCGAGCCGAGGGCCCUGGGGUUGCCUGCGGCUGCUGUUCCUCCCACGAGGGACUCAUUUUGUCGCGUCGCUUGGGGCAGGUCUGAUCCUCCUGACUUUGGCAGUAGAUCCGUUCACACAACAGCUAGUUCGUUACUACGACUGCAAACAAACGAGCACCAAGUCGAAUGCUACGCUCCCACGUUCGAUGAUGUACAGUGAGGCUGGGGCACACACCAGUGCGGGCAUCUGGCCGCCCGCGACGGCUGUCUUGGGCUAUAUCGACCAAGGCCUUUACAACCCUGCGGACAUCAGGACACCAUUCACAUGUGACAGUGGCAAUUGCACUUUCGACAAUUUGUUUUCGACACUCGGCUUCUGCUCUACUUGCGAGGACAUGAGCAGUCAACUCACAUUUCAGAAUGUGUCGAUUCCCAGUACUGUUUUCAACGGGACCAGCAAUUCCACGGUAUUCGCUACCUGGGUGAACACGACGCUUCCAUCUGGCUCAUAUGCUGCGACUGGCUCCUCGACCACCACCGAAUCAUGGCUCGCCUUGAAUCAGUCGGUAGACGGGUGGACCGAUAUCAUCCAAGCGUCAAAGGCAUUUCCUGGUGCGCCUGAAGACUGGUACUGGGACCAUUACUAUGCAACCACGAUGAGGCCAGUUACGAACCUGAACGACAGUGGCUGUACAACGGCAUACGAUAAUAAUACAUGGGCAUGCAGCGGUUUCGGAGGCGCAGGGGCGGCUCGCUGCAAGAUCAGCCCGUGUGUCAAGACCUACAGGGCGACCGUGGAACAGGGACAGCUGAGAGAGAGGUUGGUGAGGACCCAGAAGGAUAUGUUUGUCUCGACUUCGUCAAAUUAUCCGCACUGGCUGGCAGCGGAUCUGACAUGUGCUGGGCCUGAAGCAGUUUCCAGGCUGCGAAAAGAAGGGUUCCGCAUCAAUGAUGACGAUGUGGUUAUACCUUGGAAUGUGAUGGUCAACGCAAGUGAUGGAACAGCCUCGUUGUGGGCGGGCGAGAGCAGUUCCUACUACGGCAACGUCACAGUUCCUGGUCCCUUACUUAAUGGUACCGGUCUACCUUUAGACAUAAUUCCCGCAGAGUGUCUCUACGAUAUGGCUUAUCCCGCUGUGUCGUCAAUUACGGACUACCUCGAUGGUUAUCUCAAAGGCGCCAUCAACCCCGGGGUCAACGGGGCUUCCUCCGACGGACCGCCUCAACUGCGCGUCAUCUUCAACGAUACAUAUGCGAGCUUCUCCAGCAUCAAUGACACCUUUACCAGCGUGGCGGAGGGUAUCACACUGCGGAUCCGGCAGUACGUGGAGCCGUUGGCUCUGCCUGUCGCGCGGCCAGUGGUAGGGGUGGUGUUUGAGGAGAAGACGUGCGUGGACGUGAGGUGGCCGUUUUUGGCUUUCCCAGCUGCCGUGGUGACCUUGACUACUGCUUUCCUCAUUGUUGUCAUUGCUUUUGGGCAAUUAACGACGGACGCGUCUGCGCAAGCACGCCUUGACGGAGAGUCUGACAUUAGAAGUAAUUUGAAGGAGAUGGAGACUAUUUCGAAGAGGAAGACGGUGAACCUGAGUCAGUAA